AUGGUGUUCUACUUCACGCCGCGCGGCGCCACCAAGGAGAAUGGAAUGCUGAUCUACAUGGGCAAGGACAAGUACGAGAACGAGGAGCUGAUCAGAUAUGCCUUCGACGAGGACGUCUGGUUCCACGUGGACAACCUGUCGUCUGCCCACGUGUACCUGCGGCUGCCGCGCGGCAUGUCCAUCGACGACAUCCCGGAGGACACGCUGGAGGACUGCUGCCAACUGGUCAAGGAGAACAGCAUCCAGGGGUGCAAGCAGGACAACGUUCCGAUCAUCUACACCCCGUGGAAGAACCUGCGGAAACAGAAGAGCAUGGAAGUCGGCCAGGUCGGGUACCACUCGCAGAAGGAGGUGCGCAAGACGACCGUCGCGAAGAAGGACAAGAUCAUCCUGAAGCGUCUGGAGAAGACACGCGAAGAGCGGCACAAUGACGCGCGGGAGCUGGCGGAGGAGCGCGAGCGCUACGACAAGCUCCUCAAGGGGGAGCGCAAGGCGCUCGCGAAGAAGCUCGAGGACGAGCGCAAGGUGGCGGCGGCGGAGAGCCGCGCGCAGAAGGAGCUGCGGGAGUACAAGACGAUCCUCGCGGAGGACGCGCUCGAGGAACAUAAGGCCGAGAUGGAAAAGUACAAGGGAAACUUCAAUGCCUACGAGGACGACUUCAUGUGA